AUGUCUCCUUCGAGAGCGAGUGCUCCAACGUCCGUCAUGGAUCGCUUAAGGGCCCUCCUGCCCUCUUCAGACCAUCCGGGCGCCUCCCAACCCACGCCGUUCGGGCUGAGUCGCUAUAGUUUACUGCUGAUCUAUGUGUUCAUCACGCUCUCCACUUCCUGCGUGUACUUCGGAUGGGGACCUCUCAGCAUAAUACUCUUCAAUUCGGGAGCCUACCUGUGGCUCUGCAACGAGGACGAGCAGGAGCUGGCAAAAGCGGCGCGGCAGCCUUUUUGCGUGGCUCAAGACACGAACGUGCAGACCCUCUUUACGGUUUGUUACGCCACGCACUUUAUUGUGAGUGGGGCUGCCGGCGUCCUCAUAGACACAGCUGGCCCGAAGGUGACUGCCAUUUUGGGGCAGACCCUCAAUUUAUGCGGCUGGUUUAUCCUGGGGGGGUUCACGGAUAGCUUUCGCGGAAUCCUCCCUGCCUUCGUGCUGAUAGGAGCUGGGGCGGACAUGUGCUUUCUUCCGAUGCUCUGCAUCAGCAACGUGUUUCCCGGCAGCUCGGGAUUCAUCCUCACGGUCAUGGGAGCCUCGUGCUCCCUCAGUUCUGUAGUUCCCAUGGUGUUACGCACAAUCCAGAUUCGAGGGUUCAGUUUUAGAGCCGUGUGUUGGGGCUAUGCGCUGUUGGGCCCAGCGGGGUGCCUCGUUUUAGUGUGCCUCUUCGUGCCCUUGGAAGGCUUCAUAGAGGAAGACCGAUACGUCCUCGUCAAGUCCACUGAAACGCAGUGCUCCUCCAUUCAACUUCCGAACAGAUUGAGCAAAAAGCGCUCCCCGCAGCCCCCACAGGCUGCCACUGCGGUCGCAAUAAGGUCGAUGGCUACAGCCAGGACAGAAAUAGAACCUGGGCCCUCCUCACAAGGAGCAGCAGCGACAGGGAACUCUGGCGGCUCCACUGCCCCCGAAAGGCACGCGUCUGCAGUAGCAGCACUACGACAAGGCCCCGUGGCUGUCAGCACCGUCACGGACGACGAUUUCUUCCAGCCCUUUGUCAAAGACGCUUGCACCUUUCUGUAUGUUGGUGUUUGCAUCUACUUUAUCAUUUGCAGUGUCGCGAUGAACUACUACCAAAAGGCAGCCUCGAAGUUUCUCUCUCCUGAAGCCUUUUCUGGCCUGGGAGCCGCAUCGCCGCUCUCCACCUUCCCCUGCCUCAUCAUUGGAAGGGUGACGGACUAUGUACCAAUAGUGCCGGUCAUGCUUUUCGUGAACUCAACUGGCGUGCUGUGCUAUGUGCUGGCCUUGGCGGACGGCCCUAUCGUGGGAUAUGCCUCGAUCACAUUCUUUUCAAUAUACAUAUCUGUCUUCACUUCGCAAGUGUAUAUUUUCAUUAAGGAGGUCUUCACCUCCGUGCACUACGGGAAGCUCAUCGGCAUUGCCAGCAUGGUGGGAGGCUUGCUGUCUCUCACUAGCAACUGGCUGUACAACGGUUUGACUAUGCGCCACUUUGGUGGAGAUGUUGUCCCUGUCCUAUGGGGCAUGUUUGCUGUUAUCUGCUUUGCAUAUCUUCUCCUGAUUCCAAUGUUUUUUGGCGCGCGGAAGAAACAGAGGCUUCUGAAGGAGCAGAAAGUCUUUUUAAUUCCUGCAGAAUGUGCAUCGUCGAGAUUGCCGCCUGCUUCGGCCCCUGCUCCUGUUGUCUGCCAUCAGCAAGAGCUCCUUUCAGGACGCAGCCUAGAGAGCUCACAGGCCAAUUAG